CCUGGCGGCAUCCCUGCACCUUCUCGCCCGUCGCUCCGGCUGCCUUGGCGGAUGCCGCUCCUUUUGCAUCCGAAGGGAGUGGCAGGCGCCGGCGCGCCUUCCUUCACGGAGCAACGCCGCCGUCCUCUCUGUUAAAAGAGAGCCGGGCGCUUCGGGGGCCAUGGCCUAAGUCAGGCCGGGGAAAAGGAGAAAGGAGUGGGGAAAAAAAGCCCAGCUUUUAGGGCACCGACCGGACUGGCCGGGUGGGUGGAAGGAAGGAAGGAAGGUCUCUCAAGGUAGAUGAAGGGAUGUAUCACUUAGAUGCUUGAACCUGCGGCACUCGGCAACCAAUCACAGGACCAAAGGAUUCUCGUACCUUGAGGUGCAAACCUGGGCAAAGAUGUUGAAGCCAAGUGGACUUAAAAUUCCUGGGAGGGCCGGGAAGCAUGCCAGUCCAGUGGGACGUCCUGGUGGGACAGCAGCAACCGCUUCCACAACCAGCAAUGCCACAAAAGAAGGAUCACCUCUCCACAAACAGGCUUCCACAUCUUCCACAGGUGCCUCCGAGAAGCUGCCAGGGUCAAAAAUCGCUGAGGUGGGCGAUGACUUCCUGGGGGACUUCGUGAUGGGUGAACGUGUUUGGGUGAAUGGAGUGAAGCCAGGCAUAAUCCAGUAUUUGGGAGAGACCCAGUUUGCCCCCGGCCAGUGGGCAGGAGUUGUUCUAGAUGACCCAGUUGGGAAGAACGAUGGUUCUGUCGGCGGAGUGCGUUACUUUGAAUGCCAGCCACUCCAGGGGAUCUUCACGAGGCCUUCCAAGUUGACCCGCCAACCCACGACGGAAGGUUCAGGAAGCGAUGCUCAUUCUGUGGAGUCUCUGACCGCUCAGAACUUGUCCUUGCACUCCGGGACUUCCACCCCACCUCUUUCCACUCGCGUCAUUCCUCUGCGCGAGAGUGUUCUCAACAACACCAUGAAGACUGGAAAUGAAUCUGGUUCCAACCUCUCAGACAGCGGAUCGGUGAAAAAAGGGGAUAAAGACUUCAGACUUGGGGACCGUGUCCUUAUUCAACAUACAAACGGAUCUGAACAAGUUCCUGAGAAACAAAGAAGCCAUUGUGAUGUCACCCAGAGGCUGAGGAAAGCCUCCGUAAAUGUAAAACAGG